AUGCAGUUCCCGCACCUUGACAGCAGAGGUCGCUGGUGUCCUACUGAAGAGUCAAGGCGCGUGUUGGGUCAGACGGCUUUCUGUCAGAAACUGUCCCCCACAACACUGUCCCCCGCCUGUGGAACUGUCCCCCACAACACUGUCCCCCGCAACACUGUCCCCCGCCUGUGGAACUGUCCCCCGCAACACUGUCCCCCGCCUGUGGAACUGUCCCCCGCAACACUGUCCCCCACAACACUGUCCCCCGCCUGUGGACUGUCCUCCACAACACUGUCCCCCACAACACUGUCCCCCGCCUGUGGAACUGUCCCCCACAAAACUGUCCCCCGCCUGUGGAACUGUCCCCCACAACACUGUCCCCCACAACACUGUCCCCCGCCCGUGGAACUGUCCCCCACAACACUGUCCCCCGCAACACUGUCCCCCGCCCGUGGAACUGUCCCCCGCAACACUGUCCCCCACAACACUGUCCCCCGCCUGUGGACUGUCCCCCACAACACUGUCCCCCACAACACUGUCCCCCGCCCGUGGAACUGUCCCCCACAACACUGUCCCCCGCAACACUGUCCCCCGCCCGUGGAACUGUCCCCCGCAACACUGUCCCCCACAACACUGUCCCCCGCCUGUGGAACUGUCCCCCACAACACUGUCCCCCGCCUGUGGAACUGUCCCCCACAACACUGUCCCCCGCAACACUGUCCCCCGCCCGUGGAACUGUCCCCCGCAACACUGUCCCCCACAACACUGUCCCCCGCCUGUGGACUGUCCCCCACAACACUGUCCCCCACAACACUGUCCCCCGCCUGUGGAACUGUCCCCCACAACACUGUCCCCCACAACACUGUCCCCCGCCUGUGGAACUGUCCCCCGCAACACUGUCCCCCACAACACUGUCCCCCGCCUGUGGACUGUCCCCCACAACACUGUCCCCCGCCUGUGGAACUGUCCCCCACAACACUGUCCCCCACAACACUGUCCCCCGCCUGUGGAACUGUCCCCCACAACACUGUCCCCCGCCUGUGGAACUGUCCCCCGCAACACUGUCCCCCGCCUGUGGAACUGUCCCCCGCAACACUGUCCCCCACAACACUGUCCCCCGCCUGUGGAACUGUCCCCCACAACACUGUCCCCCACAACACUGUCCCCCGCCUGUGGAACUGUCCCCCGCAACACUGUCCCCCACAACACUGUCCCCCGCCUGUGGAACUGUCCCCCGCAACACUGUCCCCACAACACUGUCCCCCGCCUGUGGAACUGUCCCCCACAACACUGUCCCCCACAACACUGUCCCCCGCCUGUGGAACUGUCCCCCACAACACUGUCCCCCACAACACUGUCCCCAGCCUGUGGAACUGUCCCCCACAACACUGUCCCCCACAACACUGUCCCCCGCCUGUGGAACUGUCCCCCACAACACUGUCCCCCGCCUGUGGAACUGUCCCCCACAACACUGUCCCCUGCCUGUAG